AUGUCCGUCAAUCUCGCUCACUACACUCUGGGAGACAUGGCGCUCGAGGGAGGUAAUGGCUUUCCUACUGUUCAUGCAACGGAUAUAAUGGAUUGUCUCGAAACUUGGGCAAACGAUCCGCUUGCGACGAAGACAGUUGAGAUUGUCCAGGCAGUUGAGACAUCAGCUCACGGCCCUAAGGUCGACGGCUCUGGUGUAUUCGACCACUCAUCUUCUCCGGGGGUAUCAUGCAUCGAUUUCUUUUCACCUCCUCAGCUCCGUAAAUUUCUGGACAUAUACUGGAAGAAGUGGUAUCCAAAUUGGCCAACAAUUCACAGACCUCUCUUCGACCCACUACGGACUCCGAGUAUACUUAUUGCAGCAAUGACUAUCAUGGGAGCCUGUCACUCGACAACAUCCCAGGACUGCGCAGACUCGAAGCUUUGGGCAAAUGUUGUUGAGAAAUUGGUCUUCGACGAGUUAGAGCAAAUCAAAGGCGGGCCGUGUGAGGUUGACCGACGAAACAUGAUCAAGCUCCUUCAAGCAGCCUGCAUCAUGUGUAUUUACCAACAUUGGAACGGAACCAAUAGCAGCAAGAAGAGAAUAAGGAGACAGCGCUUUGUGACCUUGGUCAGCGUGAGUAACUAUGCCACAAAUUGA